UCCACGUUGUAAAUGAAUAGAAUAUAGAAGUAUAAAUGUUUCAUACACACUUACUUAAACUGUCUUUAAAUUAUUAUUUAUUUUGAAUCCCUUUAAAAUGGCAUCAAGAGUCGCAGUUGUGACCGGAGCGAAUAAAGGCAUUGGUUUCGCUAUAGUCCGUGGUCUUUGUAAAGGUUUCGAUGGUACCGUUUACCUGACCUCCCGAAACGAAGAACUUGGAAAGAAAGCUGUCGCAGCUCUUCAGCAAGAAGGUUUAAAUCCUAAUUACCAUCAAUUAGACAUCACGGUGCCGUCAAGCAUUGAAGCAUUUCAUGAUUAUAUCAAAGAAAAAUAUGGAGGCAUAGAUAUUUUGGUUAACAACGCUGCUAUAGCUUUUAAAAACAACGCGACUGAACCGGUGUCGGUGCAGGCAGAACAAACGCUGUUUGUCAAUUAUUUUUCCGUACUUUCUACUUGCGAGAUACUAUUCCCCAUCGUGAGAAACGGAGGUCGAGUGGUCAACAUAUCCAGUUCCGCCGGUCAUCUUACUAAUAUUCCUAGUGAAAAAUUAAGGAAUCGGUUUUCUGAUCCGACAUUAACUAUAGAAGAAUUGUCUAAUUUAAUGCGCCAAUACAUAGAGGCUGCUAAACAAGGGACACAGGCUGCUGAAUGGGGAAACUCAUCAUAUGCUGUCUCUAAAGUUGGAUUGACAGCAUUGACUAAAAUCCAACAAAGAUUACUUGAGAAUAGAGAUAUAAAAGUGAAUGCAGUGCAUCCAGGUUAUGUAGACACAGAUAUGUCUUCACAUAAAGGUAUACUCUCGAUCGAUGAGGGGGCCGUAGCACCAUUGUUUUUGGCCCUCGAAGCCCCUGAUUCUGUGAGGGGGCAGUAUGUAUGGUACAACAAGAAAAUUGUCAGCUGGGUUGAUGAUAAAGAAAAGAAUUAUUAAUACAUUCCACAUAUAAUAUUAAAUAUAUAUUUUUGUUAUAAUAUAAAUGUUUUAUUUACUGAGUAAAUUGGCAAUUAAUAUUUAAAGAAGAUAGUUUUAUAUAUAUAUGUACAUGAGAGAUAUCAUGAACAUUUCAACAAUAAAAUUACGUAGUUUUUAUCUUGACCUAAAUCAUAUUAUUGACGAUUUAUAUAUCAGUAAAUAAUAACACAUUUAAUUUUUGAGAGUGAGUUCUUUUUAAUAUUGCACAUACUGGCCACUUAUACUUUAUUAUUAAAAAAAUAUAAUGCAUUCUGUUGAUUCUAAUAAAAUUUGGUAAAAGGAUGUUGAAAACUUAAUAUGUAUGUAUUUAUAUAUAUCUCGCCAUCUUUAUAAAUAAAUAUAUAAUAGUUUAGCCAUAUUUGCAUCACAAUUAUCGCAGUUUUCAACAGAUAUAUUUAUGAACUUGUUAGUUUUAAAAUGGCCAUAUAUUUGUUAUAAAUGCUAAAGUUUUAGAGACAUGCACACUUGCACACGAGUGAAUAAAAAUAUUAGAGUUUUAUCCAAACGAGCUCACUGCAAGUAUGUUAAACCGCUUUUGUAUUUGUCAGUAGUAUCAAGUAUAUAUUUUUUAUAACACUUUUUAAUGAAUAGCAUUUACCAAAGACAAAGUAUUAUAUUAACUAUUAUAAUGCAUAUGGCUGUAUGUAUAUUCGAAUAAAUUGUGAUACUUGUUGUAUUUUUUGAAGUGAAUAAAAUUUCUGUGAUGAAAA